AUUAUAAGCGAGAGGAUGUAAUAAAAAUACUAAUUAUUUUUGUUAAUGAAUCUUGAAACACUUUAUGCGCAAUGGCUGCCAACGGGACCCGCGCCAUACUGAAAAUAAUAUGCGGCCUAACAAUCUUUUUCCUACUCGUCUAUUGGAAAAGCGCAUACGCAUUUGAGCAAGACAGUCGGCUCAGAAAUAUGCUCGAUGCAUGCGUUAAAAGCUCAUAUCGCAUAAUGGACUCUGUAGAGUACAUUAAACAAGACAAUCUCAACACGCCAGGAUAUGAGAUUGGCUACAUAAAUUUUAUAAUUAUGGAGAAGUAUAGGAGAAUCGUCGAUAAGUACAACAUCUCUUCUGUUAAUAUGAAAUUAAAUUACCUUGUAGAAAAUAUGCUGUUUCUGGAAGACAUCGAGCGACACUACUUUGAAAUCGAACAUCUAUCAAACAUGCUACAUGAAAUUGAAAGAAAAUACAAUGUAACCACGGACUUAGAUACAUUGUAUUACGAGAAAACUAAAAAGGAAUUGGAAGCAGGCGACGACAUAUACCAAUCUUCAUCUAAGGACAAGAAAGGAAAGGGUGAGAAAGGUGGGAAAGGUGGGAGUGGGCAUGGAUCAGGUGACGAUGAUCGUGAUAAAGUUGUCAAUGGCACGACAAGAGACCCACGAGAAUUAAGACCCCCAACCACUCGCACUCCCCGUUACGACAAGGGCAAAAAGAAGCGAUUGAAACUAUACAAAUAUGACAUCGACACUUAUAUCUUUAAUAAACUCAACCCUACUACUACGCCUAGACCCACACCGACUUGGCCACUCGAGUAUGGUUGGGAAAUCGAUUACCAUUGGUAGACUUUAUCGCACGCAUCGGACGCAUCGCACACAACGGAUACAUCGCACGCAACGGAUUUUAGUUUGUCUUGCUUAGAAACUCAUACAACUGCGUCCACUGAUCCGCAUCGCAAGCAACGGACGCAUCGCACGCCACGGAUUUUAGUUUGUCUUACUUAUGUAAGAAUACUCAAACGCUACACAAUUUUAAGACGCUCUCAAAACUAGUUCUGUCACUACCAAUUCUUUAUAAAUUGACAGAGAUAGCACGGUAUUUAAGUACAACUUAAAAUUGAGUAGCAUUUCCGUAUUUGGGCGUUAGAAAGUCAUAAAACUGCGUCCACUGAUCCGCAUCGUAAGGACCGCACAUCGGCAAUGCCUACAUGCGAUGCGUACUGAUGACGUCAUGCGUACGAUGC